UGUUGUUCUGAUCUCGUCUGUGCGUCCACAUGAGUGUGUUCGGUUGGCAACGGCUGUCUGCUCUCUGGAAGAACUGGAUGUUCCACCAGGAGCCAGUUGAAGGCCAGGAUCAGACCUCACAACCUUUAGGACAUGAAGCAGAGGUGCAGGAGAAAGAGGGGAUCACACAUCAGCAUCAGAACUCCCAAAACCUGGAUUAUGAGAAUGGGAAAUCAGAAGCUGAAUUCCAAAAUGUGGAGAUUCUGCAUGAGAGUUCAUUAGCAGAGAAAUCAGAACGCCUCAAACAAAAACGUUCUGAGCCAUGCAGUCAAGACACAAGCAGUGAGACUCAGACUUGGAGCCAACUGGACAGAAGUGAAAGUUGUGGGUGCGAUUCUCCUCAAAGCUGCUCUUCUGAGGAGGGUGUUCACUGUGUAUUGCAGGUGGAUAACAGUAGUGAAGGAGACGACAGUUUUCUGCAGAGGGAAGGUUCACAGAGAAGGUCCAGGCGACGUUUCAGGAGGGUCAACCCCAGAGGGGAGAGAGAACUCAUCACUGACGGCCAAGAACCCUCCACUUAUAACACGGAGUAUGUCAACAGCAAGCUUCCUGCUGACCUCAAUAAGAUGCAUGUCACAGACCACACCCAUCAUCAAGUGAUGCACAUGGCUCCCAGCCAGUCAGGAUGCAGCAUUGCCAGCGACUCGGGGAGUAGCAGCCUAUCAGAUAUUUACCAGGCCACAGAGAGCGAGCUUGGAGAUGUGGAUCUGUCUGGACUUCCAGAAGCUGCAGUGGACAGUGAAGAAGAGGAGGAAGAAGAUGAGGACUUGGAGAGAGCUUCAGACACUCUUUUGGGCAGAGACUUGGUCCGAGAGUGUCUGGAAAAAGAUCCUGCCGACCGCAAUGAUGAUGACAUUGAGCAACUCCUGGAGUUCAUGCACCAGCUGCCUGCGUUUGCCAACAUGACGAUGUCUGUGCGGAGGAACUUGUUGCAGUGUUGGUGUUUUGAGGUGGUGGAGCAGGCUGGUACUGUCAUACUACAUGACAAACAAGAGCUGGAUCUCUGGUAUGUUAUCCUGAACGGGGCUGUGGACAUCAGCCAUGAAGGACGAGUAGAGAGUCUGUGUAUGGGCAACAGUUUUGGCAUCUCGCCCUCACUGGACAAACAGUUUAUGAAUGGAGAAGUUCGGACAAAGGGAGAUGACUGCCAGUUUGUAUGCAUUGCCCAAGAGGACUACUGGCGCAUCCUCAACCAUGUAGAGAAGAACAUGCAUAAGGUUGAGGAGGAGGGGGAAAUUGUAAUGGUGAAGGAACAUCGUGAGCUGGACCGAAGUGGCACCAGGAAGGGACACAUUGUCAUCAAGGGAACUCCAGAGCGUCUGAUUAUGCAUCUGGUGGAGGAACCGUCAGUGGUCGACCCCACCUACAUCGAAGACUUUCUGCUGACCUACAGGAUCUUUCUGUCAAGUCCCAUGGAAGUUGGCAAGAAACUGCUGGAAUGGUUCCAGGUCGACAGCCUGCGAGACUCGGUAACAAGAAUAGUGUUGCUGUGGGUCAACAACCACUUCAAUGAUUUUGAAGGUGAUCCGGCUAUGACACGUUUCCUGGAGGAGUUUGAGAAGCACCUAGAAGCUACUAAAAUGAAGGGCCAUUUGCGGCUGCUGAACAUAGCGUGUGCAGCUAAAGCUAAGUGGAGGCAGAUCACGCUUCAGAAAGCAACCAGGGAGUCGCCGCUCUACUUCAGCAUGCAGGGCGGCAGCGAGAGGGGGUUUGGCAUCUUUGUUGAGUCGGUGGAAGAAGGGAGCAAAGCUGCAGAGGCCGGGCUCAAGAGGGGAGAUCAGAUCAUGGAGAUAAAUGGUCAGAACUUUGAGAACAUAUCCAUCUCCAAAGCUGUAGACAUCCUGAGGAACAACACACAUCUCUCCAUGACUGUCAAAACAAAUAUUUUUGUCUUCAAAGAGCUCCUAAGUAGGAUUAUGCAUGAGAAGAAGAACGGCGGCCCUCACAUACCGAAGAUCCAGGAGAAAAAAGGCAAUCGCUUCUCCAUUCCUGACCUUCCCGGAGACAUGGAGUUCCCCACAGAUACCAAGAACACCAGGAAAAUGAAGGCCAACACUGUGUCUGGAGGACGGAACAAGAUCCGGAAGAUGCUGGAGAAAACACGCUUUAGUAUACUGCCUCCCAAACCAUUCAGUGACGGUGGCUUGGGUCAGUCUCAGGAUGACAGCAUUGUCGGCACCAAGCAGUGCCGCCACAGCGUGGCCAUCAUGCCCAUACCCAGCAACCUGUCAUCCAGUAGCCCCGACCUGCUGCAGCCCACCACCAACGUCCUGGACUUCUCCAACCCUGCAGCCUUGGGAUUGUACUACAUCCCAGACCAGGUGAUCCGUGUGUUCAAAGCUGAUCAACAGAGUUGCUACAUCAUCAUCAGUAAGGACACAACUGCCAAAGAUGUGGUAGCCCAUACUGUCAAUGAGUUUGGCCUCCUUGCAUCGCCAGAAACAUAUUCCCUCUGUGAGGUAUCAGUCAGCCCAGAAGGGGUCAUAAAACAGCGCCGCCUGCCUGACCAGCUCUCCAAACUGGCCGAUCGUAUUCAACUUAACGGCAGGUACUACCUGAAGAACAACAUGGAGACAGAGACGUUGUGUUCAGAUGAAGAUGCUCAGGACCUCCUCAGGGAGAGCCAGAUCUCAAUGUUGCAGCUCAGCACCAUGGAAGUCGCUGCCCAGCUUUCCAUGAGAGAUUUUGAACUUUUCAGGAACAUCGAGUCAACAGAGUAUGUGGACGAUCUGUUUAAGCUGGACUCCUCAGGGGGGAGUAGCAAUCUAAAACAGUUUGAGGUGGUGAUCAACCAGGAGACCUUCUGGGUCGCAACAGAAAUCCUGAAGGAACCCAACGCCAUGAAGAGGAUGAAGACCAUCAAACACUUCAUCAAGAUUGCCCUUCACUGCAGAGAGUGCAAGAACUUCAACUCCAUGUUUGCCAUCAUCAGUGGUUUGAACUUAGCACCUGUGGCUCGUCUGCGAAGCUCGUGGGACAAAUUGCCCAGCAAGUAUGAGAAGCUGUUUGGAGACCUGCAGGAUGUUUUUGACCCAUCCAGGAACAUGGCCAAAUACCGCAAUGUCCUGAGCAGCCAGAGCAUGCAGCCUCCUAUUAUCCCAUUGUUUCCAGUGGUCAAGAAGGACCUCACCUUCUUACAUGAAGGCAAUGACUCCAGCGUUGACGGCCUUGUGAACUUUGAGAAGCUAAGGAUGAUCGCCAAGGAGAUCAGACAUGUGGUGCGGAUGACUUCAGCUAACAUGGACCCUGCUGUCAUGUUCCGGCAGAGGAAGAAGAGGUGGAAGAGUUUAGGGUCUCUGAGUCAGGGCAGCACCAACUCCAAUAUGCUGGAUGUGCAGGGCAGCGCCCAUAAGAAGCGCGUACGUCGUAGUUCACUUCUCAAUGCUAAGAAGUUGUAUGAGGAUGCUCAGAUGGCAAGAAAGGUGAAACAGUACCUGUCCAAUCUGACUGUGGAGACAGAUGAGGAAAAGCACCACAUCAUGUCCCUGCAGUGUGAGCCCACCUACAGCACCUUGUCAAAGAACUUGAGUGAGAGACGAUCCACCAAGUCAGACAUGUCCCCCGUGUCUCUACGGUCUUCUCUGCCCUCAGGGAAAACCCAAAAUAGAGUAUCACAAGUCCUCCAGGUCCAGGUCCCGUUGAAUCCUCUACGAAAGAAGAGCACGGCCAAAGACAUUGGCCCUCCCAACUCCAAUUCUUCUCAGGUUGUGAAGAAGCCUGCAGUGAAUUCAGCUGAGGAUUGGAACACCAAGAGGCCCUCUGAGGACACAGUUUCCACUGUCUCCUCUCUUCACUCCAGCCCCACUGUGUCCCCACAAGGCUCUCCACGCAAAGUUGGAAGUUUGCCGAAGAACUCCAGCCAGAUGAAUUUGUCAGGAUCGUCAUCGUCGCUGACCAGUGACGCAAGCACAAAGGCCGGCACAGUCAGCCUACGCAGCUAUGGCAUAGGUUACUCUCUCCUGCCUCCCGGUAAGGUGGACAGCCUGUCAGACUCAAGCCACAGCGAGAUCUCGUCUCGCUCCAGUAUCUGUUCGGUGGACUCUGUGCCGGCCCCGGCGCCUGACGAACGGUGUAUUAGCAGCAACAGGACCUGCUUCAUGACCGCCGCUGUUACCACAACGCCCACAGCAGUCCCUGUUGUCGAGAGCACAGCAGCAACACAUGCACACUUGAAUGCUGAUUACAAUCAGCCCAGCACAAGCUCCUCAUCGUUUGCUCGAUCCUAUGUGACGCGAGCCUCCACUUUCACCUCCUCCAUCUCCACAGAGGAGCUAACCCAGGACCACACCUCUCUGGAUUCAGUGGCCGAUAGCGGGCGCGGAAGUUGGACGUCCUGCUCCUCCAACUCUCAUGACUCUUUCCAGAGCCUCCCCACCUCCUCCUGCCGGCCCUGGGACCACGGGAUACACGGGCACCUGCACGCUCUUUCUCUCCAGCACACGCACCUGGGCAGCUUCAAGCACACACACCUAGCCGGGCCAAUAGCAGAAGUUGAAGCGGCAGGCCAGGCAUGGGUGAGGGAUCAGCGCUCCAGAGACUCCAGCUCGGACCUGUCCAAUCCGUCGCGGCAGAGCUGGGCAUCGUCCAGCUCACUGUCAGACACCUAUGAGGGGAAUUACGGGACAGUAAAAAGGCGAAACACUUCGGAGCACCCCUCGUCGCCAACCAAUGAGGAAGGAGGACAAAGCACAGACCCUGCCUACAAAACGGUGACAUCAAGCACAGAGAAGGGCCUAAUAGUCUACUGUAUCACCUCCCCUGCCAAGGAUGAGCGUUACCGUGCUCCUCCUCCCACCCCUCCAGGAUACCAGGGUCUGGCUCUGGGGGAUCUUGGACUGACAGACGGAGUAGGAGACAUUGCAGGAGGCCUCCUCCCUAGGCCUCCUCACCUCAAACCUCCAGACUACAACAUGGCACUGCAGAGAAGCAAACUCCUGCAGAGCCCUGGUGCAGCCAGCGGUCUGGCAGAGGCUCGGAGGCUGGCCGGGAAUCACCAUCACCAUGAGGGCCGGGCUGCAGGCUUCGUGCAGGAUCACUCCAGACCACCCAGUGUCUGCCUCCCACCUCAGGGUUUGGCUGACAGCGAGGAUGAUGAACAAGUGUCGGCGGUAUAGACGAUGAUGUCACACACACAAACGCAUGAAAACGAGUUGAUUGGACUAAAUGACACGCCUGCUGUCGUUACGUGUCCGAGCACAUUCUCCAGGCCCCGCCCACAACCCUGUGUGACCUCCCUAUGGACCAUAAUCCAGCUCUACGUGGUCAGUUGACCUGUGUCCACAUCCCCGGACUCGUACAAUCACCUCUUUGCAAAAUCCAUUUUUAACAAAGAAAAGAAAGGCUUUUGAAACUUUUUAAAAACUCAUGAACAAAUCAGAAAAGGCAUGCUGUGAUGAAGUCACAUCGCUCUGUCUAAACAAAUGUCAAAAAAUGAGAACAAACGAAGGACAGAGUGAGGAAGUUGGACUCGUAAACAGACCACCACAUACCUCCAUUUUUGCGCUUCGCUCUUGCCUGAAAGUUGUUUCAAAGCUUUACACUUGUGACACGUACAGUGAAUUUUUGUUUUCGUAAACUGGUUAUUUGUCUUCUCUGCUGCAUUUGGGAAGGACAGACGGUCGCUAAUUUACUGUGUCGUGACAGCAGUUUUUUUUUCUGCUCCUUUUUCUUUUCUUUUUUUUUUUUUUUGGAGGGGUUUGUCAAAACUGGCUGAAUGUAGAUGAGUAAGAGACAAAUGCAGAUUUUAGAAAUUUGCACAGUGGAUUAGGAAUGGGCAAAUGCUAAGCAGUCGAUGGUGAUUUAUUGCAGCUUCAGAGCCUCACAGAUGCCUGAGUGUAUCAGAAGUGAGAAAAACAAGCGCACUCUCGUGUAUUUUUCUGAAACGGAAAAGCAACACUUGACGGGAUAGCGAGCAUGCCUGUUUGCCUUUAGCACUUACUGUAUUUUGCUGAAUAUAUAUUUUUAAGGACAGAGUCUCAUGCAGUCCCAUGUCUGCGUGUGGCGUUCUUGCAUGGCUGCCUCUCUGACUGCGUGUUCCGGCCAAUGCUGGGCACUUUAGCAGCAUGCUGGCACCUGGAUAUUCUCCAAAAACUGUAUCAUAAUGCCUUUUUAAUGAGCUGAAGAACAAACACCUUGCUGCUUCCUGUAAAA